GCCGGGAUGGUACUGUCAGAAAGUGGGAUAUCGCGCACUGCAACGGCGCCGAUGAGAGUGCAGACGUCCCUGGUUGGCAUGAGGACGAGUCCAUAGUAACACCACCACUGACUUCUCCACCAAUCACACACAUGAGUGUAUCUAAGGCCCAUACGGAUUGGGUGAACGACCUUUUUGUCACACCCGAUGGUCGUACGGUCGUAUCAUGCUCGUCGGACAAGACAGUGCAUGUGACUAACACCGCAUCAAUGACUUGCGACACAUCGCUUGUGGCCCACACAGACUAUGUCAAACGCCUGGCCUAUGCCCCGGAUACAAACGG